AUGCCUUUCGGUAGUGUAGCUCAGGGUCGUGGACCAUCUACGACGCCUGAAGGCGGUCAAGCGGUUAAUUGUAAGCUCUUCGCUAGUUCUGGAGGAGGGAUUAGCUUAAGACUUGCCUCGACGAGUUUCUCGUGUUAA